GGCAGACAGGAGCCUCAGCCAGGGCCUGGCAGGAGAGAGACUGUGGGUACUGAGUCUGGGUCCCUUAGAUGGCUUCUGUUCAGCAAGCUGACAAGUUCACAGCAUCAAUCCUCCUUUGCGUGGUUCAGUGCGAAUGGGCAGGGAGUAAGAAGCAGGUUAUGUCCUCAGAAAUGCAGCUUUCUGGCUCUGAAACAUCCUAGCUAAGCCCCGAACACAAUUGCUGCUACCAUUGCUCUCAUUUCUGUCUAGAUUAUUUUGUGGGUCAUCAGAUGAGAGGCAGCCCUGGGUUGCCCAUGUCAGAGGCCCCAGCCCACUCUGGAGCCCGCCUGACUCUGGGGCUGGCACCUGAGUAGCCCCUGGGUGGGCUUCUCCCCCCACAGCUGUACGACAUGUUUCCCUGGCCCCUCCGCCACCUCCCAGGACCCCACCAGGAGAUGUUCAGGCAUCAAAAGGCUGUGAAGGGCUUCAUCCGCCAAGAGAUCAUGAGACACAAGCUCGGAGCACCCGAGGCCCCCAAGGACUUCAUCAGCUGCUACCUGGCCCAGAUCACCAAGGCCAUGGACGACCCAGUAUCGACUUUCAACGAGGAGAACCUGAUCCAGGUGGUGAUCGACCUGUUUCUGGGAGGCACCGACACCACAGCCACCACCCUGCGCUGGGCACUCAUCCUCAUGGUGCAGCACAGAGACGUCCAGGAGAGGGUGCAGCAGGAGCUGGAUGAGGUGCUGGGUGCUGCCUCCGCUGUCUGCUACGAAGACCGAGAGCGACUGCCCUACACCUGCGCUGUCCUCCACGAGGUACAGCGCCUGAGCAGUGUUGUGACCGUGGGCGCAGUGCGCCAGUGCGUGACCUCCACCCGUGUGUGCGGCUACCCCAUGCCCAAGGGCACCAUCAUCUUGCCCAACCUGGCGUCGGUGCUCUAUGACCCUGAGUGCUGGGAGACCCCUCGACAGUUCAACCCUGGCCACUUCCUGGACAAGGAUGGAAAUUUUGUGGUCAAUGAGGCCUUCCUGCCAUUCUCUGCAGGGCAUCGGAUGUGCCCAGGGGACCAGUUGGCUCGAAUGGAGCUCUUCCUGAUGUUUGCCACCCUCCUCAGGAACUUUCGGCUCCAACUGCCAGAGGGGAGCCCAAGGCUCAAGCUGGAGUACAUCUUUGGGGGCACUCUGCAGCCCCAGCCCCAGGAUAUCUGUGCAGUGCCCCGCCUGGGCAGCCCCAGCCCAGGUCCUCGGGCAGAGUGCCUGUAGCCAGCUGGGCAUCUGGAGCCCUGUAACCCAUGAAGUCCUU